GAUCUUUAGCAUGUUCAGAUCCAGUCAGACAUCAUGGAGGCAGGAAUGAUAAUCCUGCUGCUGUUCGCCCUACAGGGGGCCGUUUCCUCUGCCAACUUCUACGGGGACAGCUUCAGCCUCAUGCCUCCAGAGAAGCAGGAGGACGGGACGUUUCAGAUGACCUUCUAUCACAGACUGAACGCCAAAGGGGUCUGUGAGGAACAGGCGUCCUUCGAGUGUGACGGCGCGUCCUGCAGUUUCCAGAAGUCAAAAGCCGUGGAACCAAAAGGGGAAGACAUACAGCAGGACUCGUGGUGUCAGUCUGAAACUCACACCAUGGCAAACAUCUCCACCACUCAGAAGUCCUUCUCUCUGAGGGCGUCAGGCUGCUGCUGGCCGGCUAACCUCGAGGCUAAAACUACAUGGAAGUCCCUGGCAGAGCUGGACCUGGGAACCCGAUCAGACACACAAGGUCUCAACAGCUGUCCUGUGUCCACCACGGUGAGCUCUUUAAGGGUCCCUCAGAACUGUUUCACUUCGUUUCGUCUUCUCGCUCAUGAUCCAGACGGAGACACAGUGAGAUGUGGUUUCACCAAAGAGGCUGUGGUUCCUGCAGGUUUCACUCUGGAUGAGACCACGUGCACGCUGAAGAGCUCAGGUCAGGUGGGUGUUGGCGUCCACGUGUUCGAGUUGAUGCUGGAGGACUUCCCCUCCAAAAACAUCACCCUGACCUACGCCGACGGAUCGACGGUCUUUCAGGACGUCAACAACAAGGACCGGUCCCCUCUGUGCAAAGUGAAGCUGCAGUUCGCCAUGGAGAUUCUCGCUCCAAUCCCAAACUGUGAACUGGGACACGUUCAGCCCAUGUUCCUGUCUGAGACUCCGUCACAUGACGAUGUUCUGUACGCCAGCGUGGGGCAGGAGUUCCGCCUUGUCGCCCGAGCACAGGCAAACCACGCCAGAAUCACAAGCUUCCAGGUGAGCGGUCCUCAGGACAUGAAGACGGCGUUCAGUCAGGAGGACUUGGGGAAAGCCCUCCUGACUCAGACCUGGACUCCUCAGAGCAGCGACCUGUACAGAUUCAUCCCCGUCUGCUUCACUGCAGAGACGAAGGAAGCCCAAUCAGAGAUGAGAUGUAUUGUUGUCAUGGUGACCCAAGCGUCCAUCAUUCAAGGAAAGGCCGCCGUGCAGUGCUCCCCCAACAAGAUGAAUGUGGUUCUGGAGAAAGCCUCCAUGCCCGGCAUCGACGAGAACUUCCUGCAGCUGAGAGACUCCUCCUGCUCGCUCACCUCUAACAGCACUCACAUCAUGGGCAGCAUGUCCUUCAGCACCUGUGGCACCAAAGUGGAGGAUAAAGGAGACUUCAUCGUCUUCACCAACGAGAUCAACUCCUUCGAGCUUCCCAACGAGGUUAUAGUCCGCAGAGAGAAGGUCAAGAUCGACUUCUCCUGCAAGUUCCCCAAAACCAUCAGCAUCUCCAGCUACUACUCCCUCCACAAGUCCGACUACAUCUUCACCGAGUCCAGCUUCGGCAGCUUCGGCUACACGUUUGAGAUUUACCGGGAUAAGGACUUCAAAAACAGGGUGCCGGCGAGGGCCUACCCGGUGGAGGUGAAGCUGCUGGAGACCAUUUUCAUGGGCAUUAAGGCUCAGUCCGAGCUGCCAGACGUGAAGCUGUUUGUGGAAUCAUGCAAAGCGACUCCUGAUGACAACCCUGACAACAGCCGCUUCUACAACCUCAUCAACAACGGGUGUGUCGAGGAUGAGACGUUUAAAGUCCACCCAUCCGAUCAAACGUCGUUCAACUUCGAGGUUCAAGCCUUCAAAUUUAACGGAAACUUUGACCAGGUGUACAUCACCUGCUCCGUCAUCCUGUGUGAGCCCAGCAGUCCCUUCUCCAGGUGUGCUCAGGGCUGCCUGAAGGAGCCGGCUCGCCGACGCAGGAGAGGGGUGAGCAAGGAGACGGGCGGCCACUACAUUACCCAGGGUCCUUUGCUGUUUAUCAGACAGGCUGUCCCUGAAGCUGAAGCGUUUGAAGAGGACUCCAUGAUGAUGGACGGGGAUGCGGGUUUGAUGAUGAAGAUCAAGACGCCAGAAGUGAUGAAGAACGACACGCUGGAUGUGAUGAAGAACAGCAGUCCUGCUGAAGUGAUCCCUCCGCCUCUUCCUAAAGAAACUGGAUGGAGUGAAGGAGAGUGGAAGAUAAAGGAGAUGAUCAGCACCAACAUCAGCACCGUCUUCUUCGCCACAGCGUUCCUGGUAGCGCUGGUGGCGAUGGCCGCCGUGCUUUAUCACUUCAGAAAGAAGAGAAAGGCAGAAGAUCGUAAAUCUCUGAUAGUGUCCGGCUGGAACUAACCUCAAACUAAUCUCUCUUUAACACUGUAUGAUAUAAUCUAAAGUUUACUCACCUUUCUUCAGUCCGGCCAUUAAAAGAUCUUCAUUAAGGUU